AUGGCGGCGAACGACGGCGAGACAAAGUUGCCCGAAGACGGCUGGAUACAACCGUGCUUCGCGUGCUCAAGAUUAACAUGGCAGAACGUCUCUCUGGGUGGCUUCAAGGUGUAUCGAUGUGCUUCGUGUGCCGAAACGUUUCGUGCGCGCGCGACUGCGAUGCAACCUCAGGAUGGAGGAGCGGCCGACGCAACCGCGGGAGACGACGGCGCAGAGGCAAAGGGCGACGUCUUGGCAUCUCUCAUGCUCAAGCUAAGAGCGAUCGUGGAUCAAGUCGGCGGCGAGCACUUGAAAGGUAGUUUGAUGCCCAUCGAAUAA